GACGUCACGGAUCUUAUAACCACAAUCGCUUGAACGGAUCGAUAAAUACCAACCCAAAAUGUUAAAUACCAUUUUCAUUUGGUUAUCCGCUUGAAUUUGAUUACUGUUGAGUAGAAUACGUGUUUUGUCAUUUGAAAGACGAGCUUGUCUUAUCCCGAUUUAGGCAAUAGUAUUGAUUUGAGGUUAAUUUAAAAGCCGUCUUUGUGUUUACUUGACUGAACAUCAAAAAUUGACAGCAACAACUCUUUUUUGAAUCAAAAGUACAUUUUUUAAUCUGGAUCUAGAAAUGGGUUUCAAUAAUAUCAUAAAUUAUGUUAUAUUUGAUAACCCUAUUUCAAAAUCAGCAACUAAUUUGUUAUCUAGGAAUAUAUCGGGUUCAAAAGCAGUACCUUCAGUAACAGUGAUCACAGAAAAAGUUCCAUUAUGGAAAUUGGCUGCAGAAAGUGGUCCAUUUUUGAAAAUUGCUGGUGUUAUGGGAGCAACAGCAGUUGCUUUGGGGGCAUAUGGGGCACACAGGUCAUACCCCAAAGACAAGGCACAGGAAUUAAAACCUGUUUUUGAAACAGCUAACAGAAUGCACUUCUUUCAUGCUUUGGCAUUAAUUGGAGUAAAUUUAUGUCGAUAUCCAAGAGUGGCUGGGACAUUGAUUGUAACAGGAACAUUACUAUUCUCUGGACCAUGCUAUUACUAUGCCUUCACAGGAGAACACAAAUUCGGAAAAUUAGCACCAAUUGGUGGUACAAUACUAAUCAUUGGAUGGCUAUCUAUGGUUGUUUAAAUGUGAAUUAUAUGAUUAAGUAUAUCUUAAAAAACCUUUUUGUUAAUUUGUUUCAGGUAUCUUUUACCCCCUGGCUAGUAUAUACAGCAGUAUGACAGUGUGAACCUUGUACAUUUCUUUUGUGAUAUAAAUGUAAUACAAAUACAUCCAGGAAGAAAGAUAGUUUUCUUAUGUUUUGUGUACUUGUCAGUUUGACAAGAAAACACCAUAAAUGUCAAAUAUUCCUCAGUAAUUUUUUUAAAGAAUGAAUUAUAAAUGUAAUACAAAUAAAUCCAGGAAGUAAGGUAGUUUUCUUCUAUUUCAUAUACUUGUCAUUUUGACAAAAAAAAACACCAAAUAUUCUUAGGACUCUUUAUACAAUGAAUUAUUUUGAUACAAAACUAGUGAAAUUUAAAGAUGUAAAUAAUAAUACGUUUUGCUUCCAUGUUUUCCAAUGUGUAGCUUAUGUGACACACAAAUGUCCAAUUCUGCAAGAACUGUUUCUGAAGUGGUGUAAUCUUUCUGAUAAGGAAAAAAUAUUACUCAAUUAUUUAGCUGACUACCUGCUGGAUAAAAAUCAAACAGAAAUUUAUACUUCAGUAGUUCAAGGAUUUACCUACUGGAAUGCAAUACAAGAUUUUGAAGGAGCAUGCGGGUUUAGCGAAAACCCACUAGAUUUCAAAUUUGAUCUUGAGGAAGAAAAAUUGAUAUUUGGUGUGGUAAUGGUCACAGAUGACGUCACCUCAAAUAUAUUACUCCGAUCAAACCUCUGCACAGAAAUAAAACACGUCGUUACUGAAAAUAAGAAGCGCAAAUUGAUUGCAGAACUAAACCGCCUUACUGGUGAAGGAGAUAACUAACCUUUACAAAUCAUCUCGUAUUUAUUUUUAUAUUGUAUAUUUUGUUUAUAUCUAUACAUUUGCAUGAAUCUAUUAACAUUUUCCUUGUGUUCUGGAAAUGAUUGUACCUGAGUAUUAUUGUUAAUAUUAUGAAUGUAAAGGUACUGAUCACCAACGUACUCAUAAACAUACACAAAGUAUAGGUAGUUGUACACAGAAAUAUCUGUACAUUAUAGAAAUCAAUCUGAUA